AUGGAUUUGGUAAUACACUAUAUUGAACUCCAUUAUUUGUAUUUGAGUAUGUGGGGUCAAUAUGGUCACGUUCCAUUCCCAAUUGUUUUGAUGGUUGUCUUGAUUUUGAUUGCUGUCACUAGUUGCAUUACCAUUUCUCUCAUUUAUUUGACUCUCUCACAAGAAAACCACAAUUGGUGGUGGAGAAGUAUCAAGUUUGGUGGUACUAGCAGUAUUUUCGUUUUUGGUUAUUCCCUCUAUUACUACAUUAUGGAAAGUGGCAUGUCAGGCACUCUCCAAACAACCUUCUUUGUUGGUUACAACUUGGUUAUUGCCUUUGCUGUUUUCUUAAUGAUGAGUACUGUUGGUUUCCUCUCUAGUUUGACCUUUGUCAAGAAUAUUUAUAGUUCUAUUAAGUGUGAAUAA